UUUUAAAAUAGAGCUUUUGGAACUUCUUUUGUCACCAAAAAGCACUGCAUUUGCCUACUACGCUCUUUCUUUUGGUUUUGAUGAUCAUGGGAAACCAUUCUUUUCAACUUCUAACGAUAUUCGCAUUCAUGUGGUUUUCAUUUGUGGUAACUAAUGAACACAGUCGGGAUGUUGUCCAGUGCAUAGAUAGCGAGCGGCAAGCUCUUCUAGAGUUCAAAGAAGGUUUUCAGAUUCCUUCAGGUCAUUUAUCUUCUUGGGUAACAGAAGAAGAUUGCUGCAAAUGGAGAGGAGUCAAAUGCAACAACGUUACAGGCCAUGUCCUUGCCCUUGAUCUUCACAGUUCAGAUUCUUCUGAGCUUUUGCAAGGUCAGUUGAGGGAAUCUUUACUGGACUUGCCAUUUCUAAGUUACCUAGACCUGAGUCAGAAUGAUUUUCACCGAACUCGAAUUCCUGAUUUCAUUGGUUCUCUUUCUAGUUUAAAGUAUCUCAACUUAUCUAAUGCCAAUUUCAAUGGGAUUAUUCCUGAUUAUAUAGGAAAUCUGACUCGUUUACAGUCUCUUGACUUGAGCAGAAACAACUUUGCUCUUAGAGUCAAUAACCUUGACUGGCUUUCUCGUCUCCCUACCUUGCAAGUCCUUGAUUUGGGAGGUGUAGAUCUUAGCAGUGCAUUUAAUUGGCUAGAUGCAAUUAACAUGCUUCCUUCUCUGGUUGAGCUGCAUUUAUUCUCUUGUCAACUUCAUAACCUUCCACUAUCUUUCUCUUCUCUGAAUUUUACUUCUUUGCAAGUUUUUGAUCUUAGUUACAAUGACCUUUCUUCCAUGAUACCCAAUUGGUUGUUUGACAUCAGCCAUACUCUCAUGUAUCUUAAUCUCACAAGAUGCCAGUUGCAAGGUUCAAUUUCAAAUGCCUUUGUGAACUUUACAUCCCUUGUUGUGCUUGAUUUCUCGUACAAUUAUCUCAGCGGUUCAAUACCAUAUAACUUUGGAAACAUGACAUCUCUUUCUGUUCUCGAUAUCUCAUUCAAUUAUCUUCAAGGUCCAAUACCAACAGGUCUAGGCCUGAUUCAACAACUGCAACAGCAUCACUUCAAACAGUCACCCUUGUGUGAACUCCGCCUGUCUUACAAUAAGUUGAGUGGUCCUUUAGAAACAAUUCUUCCACAACUUUCACAACUAGUUGUCUUGGAGGUUGCUGCAAAUAGGUUGGAAGGUUUGAUCAGCGAAGCUCAGUUACAGAAUUUCAGCAGCUUGCGGGUCCUUGACUUGUCUGACAACUCAAUGAUUCUAAAUUUCAGUUCAAAUUGGACUCCUGCUUUUCAACUUGAAACCAUAGGAUUGAGCAGUUGCAAAAUGGGCUCACAAUUUCCCCAGUGGCUGCAAUCUCAGAAGAACAUUCAGAGACUCGAUUUGUCUCAUGCAGAUGUAUCAGGCACCGUCCCUAGCUGGUUUUGGAAUCUUUCUCCUUCAAUGGAGUUUUUGGAUCUUUCUGACAAUCGUCUUAGUGGGGAAUUGCCAGAUUUAUCAUCAAGAACAAGUAUGCUAUUACUAGAUUUAAGUUACAAUGAAUUUUUUGGUCGCCUGCCUCAUUUCCCUCCCAAACUGGAGUCACUAGUACUGGAUGGGAAUAAAUUUUCUGGUCCUAUAUCUCCAAUUUGUGAAAUGAUGAAUGAGCUUAACGCACUAUCUUAUCUCCAUUUAUCUGGAAAUACUCUGUCAGGACAACUUCCAGAUUGUUGGUCAUAUGCACAAAAUCUGCUGUCUCUGGCUUUGAGAUCUAAUAACUUCUCUGGAGAACUACCUCCUUCCUUGAGAAACUGCACGAGUUUGUUUUACCUGAAUCUCUAUGACAAUGCGUUAUCUGGGAUCAUACCAGCAUGGUUUGGGGAAAGCUUAGAGAAUCUUCAGGUUCUUUAUUUGGCUUCCAAUAUGUUUGAAGGAAAUAUACCAUGGCAGCUGUGCAAUUUGAAAUAUAUAAUGAUGAUAGACCUUUCUUCUCAUUUGAUAUCGGGAAGAAUUCCUCGAUGCAUCAACAAUUUCCUAGUAAUGGCUAAGCGAGAGGCCGAUUGUGCCUACUGUUAUUAUGUUCAUUCUGCAUUUGCGAAGGAGGAAGAGAGGAAGAUGAUGUGGCUAGGCUCACAUCCUGAUGGUUAUGAAUAUCCUAUGGUCAUGGAUUUUUCAUCCAAUAAGCUAACUGGAGAGAUCCCAAGAGAACUCACUGAACUAAUAGGAUUGGCAGAAUUGAAUCUGUCAAACAAUAAUCUAACUGGAACAAUUCCUUGUGAUAUUGGUUCUAUGAAAGCUUUGUAUUCUCUAGAUUUAUCGAGGAACCAACUUUCUCACAUCAUUCCUCCUAGCAUUUCUGAUCUAAUCCGUCUUGAAUUAUUGGAUUUGUCAAAUAACAAUCUCUCAGGGAAAGUUCCCUCAACCAACUCAUCUAGUGAAUUUAUGCAUGAUGUAAAUUCAUUUAUGGGCAAUCCUAACCUGUGCGGGCCUCCACUUGUGAAGAAUUGCUCAACAUAUGAAUCAUUUAGUGAUACAGAAUGCAGCAGUCAUCAGAAGUUAGAAAACCAUACUCAAGGAAUUCAAGAAGAAGUUAGGCAUGGAUUUGAGGAGAUGCCUUCAUUCUACAUCAGUGCAGCUAUCGGAUUUGUUACAGGGUUUUGGGGAUUUUGGGCUACUUUAGCCUUCAACAAAUCAUGGAGGCAUGCAUAUUUCUGUUUUCUGGGCAACAUAGGAGACAAAACAUACGUGCUUGUGCUAAUUACCAUAGCUAGACUGCAAUGGAAAUUUCAGAGGGAACAGGCUUCUGUGUAAGAGUUCAAACUAGUGGAUCAGUUGGCUGUUCAGUUGGUAAACAUUACCAUAUUUCAGUGGAAGAAAUGCUAGUGGAAUAAGAGUUUGCUUCAAUCAUGGGGAUCAUGUAACUUUGCCUAUCAGCUGCCUUCUUAGUGUUCAAUUAGUUACUUCGUGCUUUAUUCAAAAUUUUCUGGUUUAUUUGUUCUGUUUCAGACUCUCAGUUGGUUUGCUUGUUAAACUUGUUCAGUUGACAUAUCUUAUUGUGAUGUUCUGUUUACCCUAUGUAUAGCAUGCUUGUAUUAAUUUGGGAAAAUAAAUUUUAUUUUAACUGCUC